UUUCGCAACUCAUUUUUAAAUGGCUUAAAGAAUAGACGGGCCGUCGAAAAAUCCGUGUGUGUAUAAAAUCGUGUAAAUUAAUUAAAAUAAAUUCAUUUUUAGCAUUUUAAUAAAUAUAAAUAAUCAAACAAAAUAUCCAUUUACCAUCUACUAUUGUCUUUGUAAAUAUAUAUAAUAUCAAAAUUUAAAAUACAUCUCUGUGUACAGUUUUUCUUUUUUGUUUUAAGUAUAAAGUAUAUAUUGAGGAAAGAAAAAUAGAAAAAGAAUCAAACAAAAGAGCUCUACGCCACAGCCAAGAAUUGGAGAAAAGUAAAAAUUUGCAAGAAAAUUAAUAACGUAACCACGACGGGAUAAUAUUUAAGAAGUUAUUAACUUCUUGGCUUUACAAGUCAAACAUAAAAAGAAAACGAUAUCCUCCCUUUUGCUUCAAGACAAAACCAAAACCUUCCAAAGCAAAAAUAUAUAAAAAAAAAGAAGAAUUUUCUGCGAAAUUUUGAUCGCAAAGGAAAAAAAUUGAAUAUUCAAUUUUUCCUUCUUUUUGUUUGUGUGCAGAUUAAAAAUAAAUUGCGGCAGUCGUCUUCUCUUCAUCGUGUCCGUCGUCUUCUACAUCGUGUUAUCCAACAGAAAACGAAAUUGAAAAAACAGCAAGAGGAAAAGCAGAAACGACUAAAACGACACCAAAGCGAUUGGAGCAAAAAGAGUCCCUGGACAGAGUGCCAGAGCCAGUGCUGUAAAAGAAGAAUCAAAGAAGAACUCGGGAAACAAACAUCUUCAUCUUCUUCCUCUUCAUUGAAAUUCAAAUAAUAAAAGAAGAGAAGAAAAGUGAAAAGAAAACUUCUUUAAAUUUUCCAGAAGAAAAACCAAAAUAACAAACCCCGCAAAAUAAACUAAAAACAUUUUUGUGGUUCGAAAAAAGGGAAAAAUAAACAAAAAAAAAAUAAAAGAAUUCUGUGUUCUGCCACUCCUCAGUUCUCUGUUCUCAUGACAGUCGUGGUGGAAAAACCGUGAAAAUUUAGCCCAAAGGAAAAACAACAAAAAAAUCCUUUUUGUCUUUUCGUUCGCCUUCGUCGGUCGUUCUCUCGUAUUCUCCCUCCGUUCGCUUCGCUCAGCUCAGUACCACACAUUUUCUUGUGUACUUGCAGUGUGUUUGUUUGAAAAAGCCCGCAAAGAACACAGCAAUUGCUGUCGAACUCUUCUAACUUAAAGCUAAUUUUAAGUGGAUACUCCUCGCACUAAUCGAUUCCGAAAAAUAACAACCCGCGAAGAACUAAAACUCAAAAACAUCUUGUUUGAAAAAACAAUAAGAAAAAGACAAAAACAAAAUCGUUGGUUUUUCGAGAGCGCCGUAUAGUUGGUGAAUUUGUGUGUGUGUGCGUGAAAAAAAAAAUCACCAUCGCCAUUGUCGUUAUCGUUGUCGUCCUUCUCGUGCUCGUUACCGUAGCUCUAGCCGUUACCGCUGUCGCCGCUGAGCAAAAGAAAAACAAUUUUUGCUAGAGUUAAUUUUUUGACAUUUCUUAAUUAUAUCUUUCUUUCGUUUUUGUGUAAAUUUUUGAGACCCCGUUGUGUAUAGUUGUAAAUAGAGAAGUUUAAUAUAUAAUAAAACCAACAUUUUGAUCGUGUAAAUUUUGUAAAACAAAAGAAUUCAAUAAGUUUUGUUAAUAUUUUCUUUAAUUUUUAAUAAAACAAAAAGAAUUGAUUGUUAUAUUAAACGUUAUCUAUCAUCAUCACCAUCCAUCAUCGUUGUCGUCGUCGUGUAUAUCUAGAUAGUGUGUGAUUUUGGAUUUCGUGGUGUAUUGCAUGUAAAAAUAAGAAUCGAGGAAAAAUCAAUUUUGUCUUCUUGUCAUAAAGAAAUAAAAAAUCUUAAAUAAAUUUGCCGAAAAUUUUCAAUUUUUUGAAUACAAAUUAUUGUGCAUUGGGGUGUUUGUUGUGCGCGGUAGUUCUUUAUUUCCACAUUUUUGUACGAAUAUCUUUGUGAAUGUGCUGCUUCUGCUAAGUUUUGCGCCGUUUAAAACGAAGGAAAUAAAAGAAAAAAAAAUAUAUUAAGAGAAAAGUGCAAGUGAAUCAAAGGAAAAGAAAAUUUAUAUAGAAAUCAAGAAAAAAAUUAUUACUUAUUUGCCGCAUAUAACAAAUUCAAGUAUAUCUACCUACACCCUCACUUUUAGCCGCAAUUAAAGGAGAGCAAUACCAAAAUUGAGGGGAUCAGAUCAAUUUAUUUGGAGAGCUUAGCCUUAGCCCCCCUCAGUACAGUAGAGAGAGAGCUUAUAGAGGAGACAUCAAACGUAAUACAAUAAAAAAAAGAUUUUGAAUAAAAUAUCAUCAAACAUUUUGAAAGAAAUUGACAUCAAUUACAAAAAAAAAAGGAUCAGCUAAAAUCUAAAAACAACAAGACAAAAUAAUAAUCACUUGUAAACGUGCGAUAAAUUUUUCUAUUCGAAAAAAUUCGGUUUUUCAAUUCGAUUUCGCGUUAUAUUUUUAAAUUCGUCGAUAAGUAACUUUAAGUCGUGUGACUCGCGUAUUCGUUUAUACAAAACAUUCUUAAUAACAAGUGAAUCGAAAUCAAAUAACAAGAUAAUCUAAUACUGUCUAUUGAACAGACAACAGAAUAAAAAAAAAACAAAAGCUCUUUUAAAUAAUUUCUUGUGACACACGUUUUAAAAAAGCCGUCAAAAUAGAGCUGUUAAGCAGUACCAACAAUUACCCCUCGAUCUCAAUUUCGACCCACCAUCACAAUCACCCACAACAGCAACACAUGAAGUUACUGGGCGGUAAUGAUGACCGGAUUGUACGGGAACAACCUGUACGUUCCCAAGACGAUGCCGCUGUUGGGUAUGUUUUUCAACGACAGCCCCAACAUGAAGCCGAAUAUGCUGCACAAUUUGCCCAAAAACAAGCUAGAUGGGCUUGUGGUGAUGAGCAUUCUAUUGAUAAUCCCGAUAAAUGGAAAUACAAUCCGCCAAAUCCCAUGAACUCGUCAAAUGCAGUUCCCGGUGGUGGUGGUAUCGGACCAGUUGGCCCCAUUGGAAUGGGUGGCGGCAUGGGUGGUGGUGGCAAUAUGGGUAAUAUGGGCAACAUGGGAAACAUGGGCACUAAUGGUGGACUCCAUCAGAUGCCAAAUGUUGGUGGCGGUAAUAGUGGAAUGAAUGUUGCAAUGCAACAAGCUGCAGCAGCUGCUGCUGCUAAACAUCAGCAAAUGAUGAACCAACAUCAACAACAUCAACAGCAGCAACAACAACAACAACAGCAACAGCAGCAGCAACAACAACAACAGCAGCAGCAGCAACAACAACCACCACAUCCAUCACACCAGCAAAUGCAGAACCAUUUAGGCGCCCCAAAUCAUCUCAAUUCGAAUAUAUUGAAUCAUGCUCUUAAUAAUCAGGCUGCAGCUGCUGCUGCUGCCGCUGCAGCAGGUAUGCAAUUGCAGAUGCCACCUGCUAUGCAAGGUAAUAUCUACGAUCAUGUGCACCCGGGUGUAAAUAUGAAUGGUGUUGGAGUGCCCAAACCGCCUCAGGGUGCCGAACAAUUAGUCUAUUUGGGUGGACAACCUCAUAUGGGAAUGAUGCCACAAAAUCAAUAUAUGACAGCAGCUAAUCGCAAUGCAGCAGCCAUAACAACAUCGACUGCAAAGAAACUAUGGGAAAAGUCCGAUGGUAAAGGGCCAAAUGGUGGUGGUGUAUCGGCGGGACCAUUAAAUCCAUUGCAUAUACCUGGUGUUGCCGAUCAUCCAGUGUGGAAGGAUUCAACAUGGUCGACACAAGGCGAAAAUAUUUUAGCACCACCAAGACCGAGGACAUUUCCUCAGGCACCAGAUUCGAAUUCAACCGGAAAUGCUGGAAUACUGAGCCCCCGCGAUUCAACAAGCGGCUUAGGUGUAAAAAUGGUUGAAUACGUACUUGGUGGUUCUCCAACAAAUAAAGAGAGCCCAUUGUCAGGUUUGGAGCCUCGUUUGCGAGCAUUGAAAUUUGAUGACAAUGAUAAAAAUCAUGAUGACAAAGAAAAGGCUAAUUCUCCGUUUGAUACAAAUGGCUUAAAGAAGGACGACCAAGUUACCACGACAAAUGGUGUUGUUGUCAAUGGAAUCGAUGAUGACAAAGGAUUCAAUUAUAAUAAUCAUUUAAAUUAUUAUUACAGUCGCACUCCCGGCUCACGUCAACCAUCUCCAGCCGAAGAAUCUCUACCAAGACCACCAACAUUACUUGAUCCUUCACAACAUGGCUUUCCACCACAUCCCCUACAUCAUAUGCUUGGUUCAAUGGACCAUCAACAAGGUCCUGGACCUCAAAUGAAUUCUUAUCCCCAUCAUCAAAUGCCACCGAUGAGUCAAUUACAACCUCCAGUUAUGAACGGAGUUGGUGGUAUUCAAAUGGCACAGAGUCCAAUGAUGAAUCAUCAAGGUCAACGUCCAAAUCAAAUUGAAUCUCCAGCAAAUUUACUUCAACAGCAGCCUCCAAACUUCGAUGUACAGCAACUAUUUAGAUCACAAAAUCCUGGUUUAGCAGCAGCAACAAAUGCAGCAGCUGUUGCUGCAGCGGCUGCGGCUGCUUCAUCGGGCGCGCCCGGAGCACCAAAUGGCACACCAAUGCAACCGCAACCAAUGCCUAUGCCAUCACAGCAAUUUUUGGCCGCACAACAAAAUGCCUAUGCGGCGCAACAAGCCGCCCCCUAUGUUAUUAAUCCAGGACAGGAUGCUACGCCGUAUAUGGGUCUGAUAGCGGCACAAAUGCCACAAUAUUAUGGAGUUGCACCAUGGGGCAUGUAUCCGGGCAAUUUAAUACCACAACAAGGAUCACAACCACGAAGACCUUUAACACCAUCCCAACAAGGUGCUGAAAAUCAAUCUUAUCAGGUUAUACCAGCAUUUUUUGACCAGAGUGGUUCACUAGUGAUGGGACCACGAACAACCACACCAAUGCGCCUUGUUAGCCCAGCACCAGUGCUAGUACCACCGGGUGCCGCAAGAGCUGGACCACCACCACCACAGGGUCCACCACAAUUAUAUCCACCGCAACCACAGGCCGCUCAACAGAAUCUCUAUUCACAACAAAAUGGUUCAAAUGUUGGAGGUGGCGGGUUAUUUGCACCCCAAGCAUUUAGCGGUGGUCUUGGUACCUUGGGGAGCCCCGCACAACCUACAGGUUUGGCAUUGAACACCUCAUCGCUGACAACCCGUCGGGAUUCCUUUGACCGAAAUACAUCGGCAUUUAGUCCUUCGAUGGAUUACAGUACGAGUUCAGUGGCAGCAACAGCAGUUUCUUCAUCCGUAGCAGCGGCUGCUGCUGCUGCAGCUGUUGCAAGAAAAUGGCCAGUGAGUGGCUAUGGAAAUUUAGGCUCUGUAGGCAAUGCCUCGGCCAGUCCAAUUGGAGCACCCAUUACACCACCGCCUGAAUCUUGCCUGGUUGCAAAUCGGGCACCUGGUGCUGAGACCAAAUAUCGCAAUCAAAUCUUAGUUGGUAUUGCAGGACAAAAUAUGUUUGGUUCGAAUAGUUCUCUAUUUUCAAAACACUUGGGCAUUCCUGGAGCUACAGCUGUUGCUGCUGCGGCUGCCACUAAUGCAGCAGCUGCUGCCAGACAAUCGGCUGCUAUGGCUGCUGCCACUGCAGCUGCUGGAGCUGCAGCCGCUGCCGCAGCAGGUGGUGUUAAUGGUGAACGUCCACCAGGCCGAUCAAGACUACUCGAAGACUUCCGCAACCAGCGCUAUCCAAAUCUUCAGUUGCGUGAUCUAACAAAUCAUAUCGUCGAGUUCUCCCAAGAUCAACAUGGAUCCAGAUUUAUUCAACAAAAAUUGGAACGUGCUACCGCUGCCGAAAAACAAAUGGUUUUCAACGAAAUUCUAGGUGCCGCUUAUAGCCUUAUGACAGAUGUAUUUGGCAAUUAUGUAAUUCAGAAAUUCUUUGAAUUUGGCACUCCCGAACAAAAGAACACAUUGGGUAUGCAAGUUAAAGGACACGUUUUACCAUUGGCAUUGCAAAUGUACGGUUGUCGAGUGAUACAGAAGGCUUUGGAGAGCAUAACACCGGAACAACAACAAGAAAUCGUACGCGAGCUAGAUGGUCAUGUACUGAAAUGUGUCAAAGAUCAAAAUGGCAAUCAUGUUGUCCAAAAGUGCAUUGAAUGUGUCGAACCAAGUGCGUUGCAGUUUAUUAUAAAUGCUUUUAAGUCUCAGGUCUAUUCAUUAAGCACACAUCCCUAUGGUUGUCGGGUUAUUCAGCGUAUAUUAGAACACUGUACAACAGAACAAACAUCACCAAUUUUGGAGGAGCUGCACGAGCAUACGGAACAGCUAAUACAGGAUCAAUAUGGAAACUAUGUUAUUCAGCAUGUCCUUGAACAUGGAAAACCAGAAGACAAAUCCAUUCUCAUCAACAGUGUACGUGGAAAAGUUUUGGUUCUAUCACAGCAUAAAUUCGCUUCGAAUGUCGUAGAAAAGUGUGUAACGCAUGCAACACGCUCCGAGCGAACUGGACUCAUUGAUGAAGUUUGCACAUUCAAUGAUAACGCCCUCCAUGUUAUGAUGAAGGACCAAUAUGCAAACUAUGUUGUUCAAAAGAUGAUCGAUGUCUCUGAACCGACACAGCUUAAAAAGCUAAUGAACAAAAUUCGCCCGCACAUGGCUGCUUUGCGUAAAUACACCUACGGCAAGCACAUCAAUGCCAAACUAGAGAAAUUCUUCAUGAAAUCAUCUAAUCCCAUACAACCGGCAACUGCAGUCGUCACAACAUCCACAGCAGUUCCCUCAAAUGCUAUGAUCACAGAAAAUGGUAUCACUGCUAUAGCAGUUACAGCCAAUUCCUCGGCUACACCAUCAUCGGUGUCAUCUGUGAUGUCCUCAUCGGCUUCAUCAACUCCAUCUUCGGUAUCAGUAGCUGUUGCUGGAGCUAACAAUGGCAGUGGACUAGGACCAAUUGGACCACCAACUAUUGCCACAGCCAAUGGUGUCAUGUAAAAAAAGAACAACUAAAUUAAGACACCCAACAUUUUUUCUAUUAGAAUCUUAUAUACAUAGAUGUAAUAAUAAAAAAAAACACACACACACACACAUAUUUAAGGAUUUUAAGGAAGCGCAAGGAGUAUUUUUUUCUUUUUUCUUCUAAUAUUAAUCAUACACGACUAUUAAUCAAUUCUCUUUGUUUAUAAUUUUAUAUUAUUUUUGUUUAAUUUAAAGAUUAUUUUUCAUUUUUGUAUGUAAAUUAUUUUUAAGUAAAAAAUCAUGUAGUGAAGAGAGAUAAAAAAAAAAAAGGAUAUGUAAAAAAAUAUAAGAAGCAAACAACAACCAUUACACACACUUUAACCAUAUAGGUAUAUAUAUAUAUAAAAUAAUUAUGAUUUUUUUGUUCUAAUUAAAUAUUUUUAUCAAUAUAACUUUUUAUGUAAAACAAUGUCUGACUAUAUAAACAAACAAAAAACUAGCUUUUAAGUUGUAUCUUGUCUUGUAACUUAGUUUUUAAUUAUUUUAACUUUCAAUUCAUAGACUUUUUUGUGUACAAUUAUGUAUUUUCAUUUUUAAUUUUUAACUUUUUUUUUGGUAAUGCAAAAACAAAACCCAACAACAACAUCUUUAACUAUACAUAACAUUUAUUAUAUAAAAGAAAAAAAAACAAAAUAUUUAUCAAAAGAAAAGUGUUUUAUUUUAAUCUACAUUUUAAGGAUUCUAUGAAACAAAACAAAAGAAUAUGUGUGUCGUCACCCUCGCCCUCUCUACGCUGCGUGCCUUGUGUGUUCUAAAUUUCUUUUAAAUUUAAAAAAAAUAAUUAAACAAAUAAAAAUUUUAUAAAAAAAAGCGAACUUCACGUAUUACGAUGAUGGCUACAUAAAUUUAGAAGAACGUCACACACUUAACAUAAUAAUUCUUUUCAUUUAUUGUUUUAAGUGCAUGCAUGUAAGCUGUAUAAUUUUUAAUUUUAAUUUUUGUUUUAAUAAUUUAAUUUAACAAUAUAAAUUUCUUAUUGGUAAAGAAACAAAUUUUAAAUAUAAAUGAAAUUUUUAUGUAAAUUAGUGUAAUUUUUGUAUAGAAACAAAAUAAUAUGAAAAACAAGAAACAAAACUGCCUUUUAAGAAAUUAACAAUAAAUAAGCAAAACAAUUUUUGUAUAAAAAAAAGCAAAUCCUGUAAACAUUUUGUAAAAAAAAAAAACAAACAAACAAACAAAGAGAAAUAUGAAUAUGAAACGGAAGAGACGUCGUUUUUCAAUCCCUUAAAGAAUUUACUUCCGCAAAACGACUACUCCUAUUUUCUUUUUUAAUUUAUAUAAAUCACGGUACAUUUUAAAGGGCUCAUAUUUUAUUUCAUUAAUUAAAUGUAUAAAUGUUUUGUAAAAUAAAAAAAAAAAAGAAAAUAAAAUCAUUACUUUUGAUUUGCUUGCUUUUAAAAAAUAAACUGAAGUUAGAUUGAUUUGAACUUCUUUCCUGUAGAUAAACAAAAUAUAAAAAUUGAUGUUUUUAUUUUCGACUCAAUUUUUAUUAUUUUAUGUAUAGCAAAUAUUUUUAUUUGUUUAAAUAUUUGAAUAUAAACCAAGGUGUUUUUUUUUUCAUUUUUAAAAUAAAAAUAACUUCCCCUUAAAAAUGUAAAUUUAACUUUGUAAUUUCUAUUUUGUAAAUCAAACUGUAUAAAUAAUUUAUGUAAAUUUUUGUACAGAAAAAAAACAACUACCAAUCAUCAUUCAUCCAAGCCUAUUUAUAUAUACAAAUUAAACAAAAAAAAACAACAACAACAAACACGAAUCGACGACGAGUGGUUUGGAGAAAAACUUAAAGCCAUUAAGGGCUGAAAAAUUUCAAGAGGGAAAAUAUUUAAUAAUUUGUAUAAAUAGUUAUUUCAACCGAAAAAAAAAUGUGAAAUUUUAAGAUUCAUUCAAUAUUCUCAAUCCCACAAAAAAAUAAUCCUUGCUUAGUGGUAAUUUGUGUCUGCUUUUAUAAAUAUCUCAGUUUUUGAAAUCCUUAACAUUAAUCAUCGAUUAUUAUUGAGACAUAGUCAUCCUGUUAGUGUUCCAAGAAUGGCUUCAGGGAAACAACUUGCAAAUUAUUAUAACAAUCUAAGCAUUCUUUUUCGACAGAUUAUAUAAGAUGAUUUCAUCUUUAGUUAUGUAACCGUUACAUUAAAGCUUAACUUCCCAAAAUUGUUACAAUAAACUAAGAGCAAACAUUCUUUUUCGAAAGAUUAUUUUAGAUGAUAUCAUCAUUUUAAUGUAACUAUUAUAUGCAGACCCAAUUUCGAAAAAAUAUAUUGCUCUUAAUUUGCUCUAAGUUCAUAUUGGAAGACAACUUGGUAACAGAGAUCCUAACUUUAAAUAUGUUUCAAAUAAAAUUACCUUAUUUUCUAUUUGUCCUGGAUAUUUUUAAUAUCAUAAUUUGUUUUAACACAAAAACACAAUCCUUGCCCUCAAAAGAAAAUUUUCCCAAACCGCAUGAGCCCAACUGUAAUUGUCAAAUAAAAAAUUGUAUUUAUGUAUUAUUAUAUAUAUAUAUCUUGUUUAUUUUAUUUUUGUUAACUCUAGAACUAGAUUUAUAGAUACAAAAUAAAACACCACCAUCAUCGCAUUACGCCUUCUUCUUCACCACAAAAACUUCUUAUCAUUCAUUACGUUUAAUUUUUUCCUUCCAUCAUAAAAUUGUAUAAAAUAUCAAAAAAUAGAAUAUUUUUUCUUUCCUCGAAAUAAAAGAACACAAAAGAAACGAAUUUAGAAAACAAAAAAUAUUCUUUCAAUUCAAAAAUAAACCAUAAUUAAAAAUUUAAACAUUGUAAAUUCCUGUAAAAUUUUGUAAAAAAAACGUAACCGUUGUGAUUACUUUCAACGAUAACAACGCUAUCUGUUGGAUUUUUAAUUAUUUAAAAAAAUAUGAAAUUGUAAAUUCAUCUCUACUGAGCCCUUUAAUACCUAUGACGGUUUUUGCGGAAGUAAAUCUCUUCUUUUUUUAUAUUAAGAAAAUAAAUUGUUAAUUUUACAUAAGAAAAUGAAAAAAAAGAUCGAAAGUAAACUUAAAAAAAAUAGUAGUUUGUAAAUUAAUUGAAAACUAAUUCUUUUUAAUUUUAAGUUUAAUUUUUUCUUCGACAAGAAAAACAUAAUAUGAAUUUUCGUGUGUAUUGUAUUUUUUAAUGUAUUUGUCUAACUCUGUGUGUAACUUUUUGUGUAUGGUUUUCCAUUUAUUUUUAUUGCUUCUAUCAAGCAUGCACUGAUAAUGUAACGAGACGUGGAUUUUCUUUUCAAUAUAACCUAGCUUAUAUAUAUAUAUAUAUGUAUGUAGAUUUAUUUCUUUUUUUUAUAUAUUAAUUAAAUAAUAAUAUGUAAUAUGUAACUAUUACAUUUGUUAUUCAUAUGUUUAUUUUCUUCGAACUUAAAUGGUUAAUUCUUAUUGUUUCUUUUAUUUAAAUGCAAAAUUCAGCACAUUUGUAUUGAACCAUAGUUAUUCUGAACUUAAAAAAUGCAAAUAGUAUAUAGUUAUGUAUAUCCUUUUUGCAAAACAAAAGCAGUUAGGAAGCAUUGUAUUUAAAUGGUAAAACAAAAAUUAUUGAAUGAAGAAAGAAAAUGUGCUAAACAAGUUUAUAUAGAUUCCUUUAAUUAUUACGACAACAACAAAAAACAAAAGAAAACAAAACAAACAAUUUAUAAUAAAAAAAUAUAUAUUAUAUAUCAUUAAACGUUACUAAAAAUUAUACACACAUACAUUUAUAAAAAAUAUAUAUAAACAAUUACUCUAUAGUGUAAAGUCUUAUAAAUAAUUGUAAUAAAUGUAGAUUAAAAACAAAACAAAACAAAAGUACUAAGAUGAACCCUUUAAUAAUAGAAACAAUUUUUUAAAUGAAGAAAACAAAAAACGCUGAUUUUUUAUUUUAAUGAACAACAAAAAUGGCACUUGUUUUAAAACUAGUGGUGUCAAUUUUUAAAUUCAUAAAAUAAUAGGAACAAAAACUGUUUCAAGAAAAAAAAAAACAAAAACAAAAAGAAUUUAAAUGCAGCAUAGUUGCGCGUGUAGAAUGAAAUUUCAAAAUUAAAUAUUUAUAUACCGUGUAUUAAUUGUAAAUGUUUGUAUUAAAUAUUUAAAAAAAAAUAUCUCUUGAAGAUGAACUAACUAAUUGAAACUAAACUUUGACUUUGUUUGUAUAAAAAAUAAAACUAAAUUAGAACUUAAAAGGUAUACCCAAGCCCAACAUACCAUUACUAUGGCACGAAUUAAAAAUAAAAAUAAAAAUUUAAACAAUUUCAAAUUAAUAAAACUAAAAGAAAAAAAAAAAGAAAAGAUGCAAAAAAGAAAUUAAUAUAUUUAGAACACAUUUACACGUUCAACACUCACAGACACAAAAAAGUUGCAAUUAACUUUUGAUCAUCAUUUAUACAUCCAUUUUAUAAAUAUCUCACAAUAUAUACACAUUUUUAUACAUAAUUUUAAUAAUAAUAAUUUUUGAGUUUUUGUUUCCGUUUCCGUUUCUGUUGUUUUCCAAUUUUUUUGUUUGCAAUGAACGUUCAUUCAAUAAUUAGGGAAUUCAAUAAGAAAAAAGAAAUAAACAAA